UGUGUGAGCAUUUGGCCCCGACCUGGUUAGGGGUCGGUUUCGCUGGCAAAGCAGCAUCUUAUGGGGUGGAAAACGAAUGAUGCAGAGAGAGCGGCAACAAGUGGUGACCCCGACGUGAUUCACCCUGUGAGUAGUAGCUGCCCGGCGUGCCCGUAAGGCGGUGGAACCUGUGAGGUGGCGGCAGGUCGCCUACGGAAGACACACUGCGGUGGAACCUGUGAGGUGGCGGCAGGUCGCGUGUGUAAUUAUGGAUCAAGUAAUUAAGGUACUUUUAUAUUUUUGUAAAAGUUAUUGCGGUAAGACCGUUCCUUCUAAGAAGGAGAUUGCGGCCGUGUUAUCGCGGCUAGAAAAGGAGGGUGAGCUGGACUCCCCUCAACAGGUGCUCGAUUCAAAUAAGUGGGACUCACUUACUUCGGCGCUGUGCCAGCGCGCCAUGUCCGACCAAAAAGCCUCAGAGCUUAAAACAUGGGGCUUGAUACUUGGGGCUCUUAAAGCGGCAAAGGCAGAAGGAGGGUUCGGGGAGGAUCGGAGCGUGACGGGGGCUGCCGGGAGCGGGUCUUUGCUUUCUCAUAGAUCCGGAUCCGACGAGGCCAAGAUGGCGGCGACGGCAGAGAGCGGAGGCGGAGAGACGGAGAAGAAGGAGUCGCCGAGUCAGUCAUGUGAGCCGACAGCUCCGCCCCCACCUUACCCUAACCGCCCCUUGAAGAACGCGAUAGGGCGGUGGGCGGAGCGGGGCGGGGGAGCCCGCGGCCGGGGGGUAGCCCGCGGCCGGGAGGGAGCCCGCGCCGGGGGGGGGGGCCCGGUUACCGACUGGGCUAAAAUUAAAGAGGUAGCGGAAGAAAAGGGCCUAGCGAAUCCAGCUGCGUUUCCGGUUGUGGUCUCAGACGAGGGCCCAAUUUGGGUUCCUCUAGAUCCGAAAGGGAUCACGAGGGUGCUUGAGGCAGUUGAGAAAAAGGGUUUGAAAUCCCCCUUGACGAUGAAUGCCCUCGAGAACCUUACCGCACAGGGGCCUCUCCUACCCUAUGAUAUAGAGAAUUUGAUGCGUAUGGUUUUGAAGCCGGUGCAGUAUACAUUGUGGAAGGAGGAGUGGCAGGCCCGGCUUAGACAGUUAUUGGUUAUAGUGCAAAACGAUCCAGCGAACGUAUUACGUAACUCCGACCUUCAGAGAUUGAUGGGCAGCGCACCAGGUCUGUUAACUGCCCAGGCUCAGGUUAUCCACCUGAGACCUGGGGAAUUGAUAGCUACAUCUGACGCCGCUUUAGAGGCGUUUAGAAGGCUCGCAAGGAAUGCAGAGCCCUCUACCCCUUGGACAGAAAUUACACAGGGCCCCACGGAGUCAUUUCAGGAUUUUGCAAAUAGGCUGAUAAAGACAGUAGAAGGGUCAGACCUUCCUAGGGCGGUCCAUAGCCCUGUUAUUCUGGACUGCUUAUAUCAAAAGUCGAGCGGGGACAUACGCGCUUUGCUAAGAGCGGCACCGGAAAGGUUUCACACCCCCGGUGAGGCCAUCAAGUAUAUCAACAGGAGAGUUUAUAAUUUCUUUUUAUAA